AUGCCUCGCUACGGUUUUUCGGCUCGCGCCUCCCCCUCAUCCGCUACAGCACUCUCGCCUUUCAAUUCAAUUCUUGGUCAGGAUGGCGUUCCUGACGUGACCGAUGAUGAUUUCAGUUAUAUCACCUCUGCCGAGAUUGAAGAGAAUGGCAUGGAUAUUCCUCGGCUCCGUACACCCGCAUCCGAACUUUAUGGCAGCUAUUCACACUCUGCUCCUGGACCUUCCUAUGGGCAAUCCCUCCCAGAUGAUGAUGUCCUCUUAAUCAGGCAUAACGGCAUCACAUACCCUGAACACUUUCCGGCCUUUUCAAUUGGUGACGGCAAGCUCUUGGUCGGGGACGUUCGCGAUCGCAUUCAAAUGAUUUUGGAUCUCUCAGACCGCCAGGCGAAUCGAAUGAAAUUGUUCUACAAAGGCCGUCGUCUGUCUGAUAGUAAUAAGCCUGUGCGGGAAUACGGCCUGAAGCAUAACAGCGAGGUUUUAAUGACGUUUGGCGACACUGACCUCGAAAGUAGCGGCGAAAGUGAUGAAGAUGUUCCUGCGAUCAAACGCCACAGAAAGAAACGGGUUGGUGGACAUGUCAACACACCUAGGUCACCAAAGGAGUCUCCAGAGGCUCCAGCAGAUUUCCGGCGAAGGAGCCAAACAGGCCGAACUGCAGACCAACACGACACGCGUAGCCCUCGCGAUAGUGCCCCCGCAAGCCUGAACUCCCCGACACACGGCUGCCACAAGCGAGCUAAAUCAAGGGUUCGAACUCAGUCCCCGUCUGGCUCAGCGUUGUCAACUGCCAGCGCCCCUGCUGGUAUUCCGGGUGGUCCGAUCGAAAGGCUCAACAACAUCGCGAUCCAUUUCAACACCCAAUUGUUACCCCUCUGCAAAGCUUUCGCGGUGAACCCUCCAUCGGAUCCUAAAAAACGUGAAGAGGAACACAGGAAGCUUUCAGAGACCAUCAUGCAACAAGUACUUUUGAAGCUCGACGCAGUUGAGACCUCUGGCGAAGAAGGGGCACGACCCAGGCGCAAGGAGCUCGUUAAGGCUGUCCAAGAUGUUCUGAAGGAAAUAGAUGAUGCAAAGAUAAGGUAG